AUGGCCGCCCUGGGCAUCACGGUCGCCCUGCUGGUGUGGAUGGCCACCCUGCUGCUCAUCUCCAUCUGGAAGCACAUCUACAGCAGCUGGAAACUGCCCCCUGGCCCUUUCCCACUGCCCAUCAUUGGGAAUCUUUUACAACUGGAUAUUAAGAACAUUCCCAAGUCCUUCACCAGGCUGGCAGAGAGGUUCGGGCCGGUGUUCACCCUGUACCUGGGUUCUCGGCGCGUCGUGGUUGUGCAUGGCUACAAGCCCGUGAAGGAGGUCCUGCUUGACUACAAGAAUGAGUUUUCUGGCAGAGGAGAAAACCCUGGGUUCCAGGUGCACAAAAACAAAGGGAUCAUUUUCAACAAUGGACCAACCUGGCGGGACACCCGGCGGUUCUCGUUGACCAUGCUCCGUGACUUAGGGAUGGGCAAACAGGGCAAUGAGCAGCGGAUCCAGAGGGAGGCCCACUUCCUGCUGGACGUGCUCAGGAAGACCCAGGGCCAGCCCUUUGACCCCACAUUUGUCAUCGGCUUCGCGCCUUACAAUGUCAUCUCUGACAUCCUCUUCCACAAGCGCUUUGACUAUAAAGACAAGACGGCGCUGAGGCUGAUGAGUCUGUUCAAUGAGAACUUCUACCUGCUCAGUAGCCCCUGGAUCCAGCUUUAUAAUAAUUUCUCAGACUACCUACAGUACCUGCCUGGAAGCCAUAGAAAGCUACUGAAAAAUGUGUCUGAAGUAAAAGAUUACGCUCUAGAGAGAACGAAGGAUCACCAGAAGUCCCUGGAGCCCAGCUGCCCCCGAGGCUUCCUCGACACCAUGCUGAUAGAAAUGGCAAAGGAAAAACACAGUGCGGACCCCAUGUACACCUUAGAAAACAUCGCUGUGACUGUGGCCGACCUGCUCUUUGCGGGGACGGAGACCACCAGCACCACCCUGCGAUACGGGCUCCUGAUUCUCAUGAAAUACCCAGAGGUUGAAGAGAAACUUCAUGAAGAAAUUGACAGGGUAAUUGGGCCAAGCCGAAUCCCUGCAAUCAAGGACAGGCUGGACAUGCCCUACCUGGAUGCGGUGGUGCAUGAGAUUCAGCGAUUCAUCGACCUCAUUCCCUCCAAUCUGCUCCAUGAAGCAACCCAGGACACAGUGUUCAGAGGAUAUGUCAUCCCCAAGGGCACACCCAUAAUUCCGACGUUGGACUCUGUCUUGUAUGAUAGGCAAGAGUUUCCUGAACCAGAGGAGUUUAAGCCAGAGCACUUUCUGAAUGAAAGUGGAAAGUUCAAGUACAGUGACCAUUUCAAGGCGUUUUCUGCAGGAAAGCGGGUGUGUGUUGGAGAAGGCCUGGCUCGCAUGGAACUGUUCCUGUUCUUGGCCGCCAUCCUGCAGCACUUUAACCUGAAGUCACUUGUUGACCCCAAGGAUAUCAACCUCAGCCCCAUUGCAAUUGGGUUUGGCAAGAUCCCGCCCCAUUACAAACUCUGUCUCAUUCCCCGCUCAGAAGUGUGA